AUGGCGUAUACAAAAGACUUUUAUCAUGUCCUUGGAUUGGAAGCGCCUCGCUGGAACGAUUCCACAAAAGCACAGUCAACAGUCGAUCUGCGCAGAGGGUACAAAAUCGCCCUCUUAGCGGCGCACCCAGACAAACAGAGUAGUGGUACUACCGACGCCGUGAAGAAGACAACACGGGAAGGGGACAAGGGGUACACAGUAGACGACGUAAAAGAAGCCUACACUAUUCUCUCCGACCCGAAAUCGCGGGCAGACUACGACAACUGGCUUCUCCACAAUCGCGACAUGCUUCGUUCGAGUCGAUCGUCGUUGCACACUGCUUCUCUCCUCCCGUCCAGCGACUUUAUCCUCGGCCUUGAACUCCUUGAUUUGAGCGACUUUGAUAUCGUUGAACCCGGAUCAGAUAUAUCUGCGAAAGUAGACAGUGCCAGAGGGGAUAAUAUGAGUGCAGAGGAAGAGCAGAUGCAGUGGACGAGACCGUGUCGAUGCGGUGCGGAAAAUGGUUUCAAGAUUCUGGAAGAGGAGCUUGAAGAUGCGGAGGGGAGAGGGGAGAAAGAGGUGCUUGUGGGGUGUGAGGGGUGUAGUUUGUGGGUUAGGGUAGGGUUUGAGGUCGAAGUGGGUUGAAGGAAGGAAAUGUGGUUGGCUGAGUUUAUGGUAAAAUAAGACAAGGCGAGGCUUGAAGUUGGGAAUGCUACUCAUAAUACGAGGAAGAUCGAAGGAUAUGGGGAGUCUUUAUGGAAAGAAGAGAGUGAACUGACACAUUGGCUGAGGGGUUGGUAUUAUAUAUGGCCUUUGGGCCUUGUCAGCGCCCUCGCCACUGUCUGGGACUGCUGCUAAUGUUCAGAUAUACUAUAUUCACAGCACCCUGCUUCUCUGACAUCGGCAAAUGAGCAGAGAAGAUAACUUGGCUGGUGCCCACAGGGUAUACCAGAUCGAAGUGGGAAAAUCGGAUGUAGUAUACAUAUUGAGGCUUCUAUUGCUGGACCUAUAAGACCACUAGACUAAGACAUAUAUAAAGCUCCGUUUCUCUUCA